AUGCUUUCCGCUCUGAACUCUCCUCGUGGAGGUGACUGCAGCCGGGCGUGCUGGAUCUGGCGUGGUAGAUCAGGGUACAGCGAAGGCUGUGACGCUGGGAGACGGGUCGCUCCGCUCAGAUGUGCCGUGGGUGCGACUGUGUUGGGCGGGCAUAACUGCCGCGGUUGUUGGUGGAUCUCCUCGACCUGCUUGCUGCCACGCUGCGCCACGGCUAAUCAGGUUCGGCAAGCCUCGGCGGCAGUCCAAUCCCUGGUGGUGGUUUCACGAGUCCCCUUUUUCGUUGGUGUGUCGUGUUACAAGUGUGGGAUUAUUUUUGGACCCCUUUUCUCUUUUGAUUUUCUGAUUUUUGCCUGCCGCCAUGGUUUUGUGUACGGUGGCAGCGGCGGCAGGUGCGAGCAAUCUGGUGAAUCUGCUGAAACAGGAACAGGUGUGCCAGGACCAAUCGGUCAUCGUCCUCUACACCAUUUAUUGGGACUCCAGUCAUCAGUUCGACGCCGGAUCGUGAAUGCUCACAUUCAGACCCCACCUGCUCUGCUGACUGAGCCAUCUUGGCCGACUGGACUCAUCGCCGCCUCUGCGUUCCAAGCCGACUUUGGAAUCAACUCCGUCCCUCUUCGGCCCUCAGUCCAAACCUCCAUCUGCUGUCGCUGUCGAGACCACCAGCUCCUGCCCCAGCCCAUUAGCACCCAAGCCGACAGUACGGCCUCAAAACACGAGCAGGUUCUAGUUCAUUUCUUAGUGUAUGUUUUGUCAUAGGCCCCGGAUUGUUUGUGGUACUGGCUAAUUGAUUCACCCGGUACUUUUGUUAUUCGCUCUAGUUCAUAGUGUAGUGAUAGGUUAUAGUAUAGUGAUUGCGAACUUCGUUUUUAGUGAGCUACAUGUUUUCAUAGUCUCAAGUUCCACUUUAGUUUGAGAUUUCUUAGUUAUAGUUCAGCCUCUGUACGUAGAGAUCAUAGUUGCGCUUUUGCCUCAAGUGCCUUAAGUGCUCAACUAAUCUUCAGCCAUGGCUAUUAUGGUUCUGAAACUCUCCUGCCCAGGUUGUACCUGCCGUGGGUCAGUUCUUUGUGUUUUCGAGAUUUGUUGUAGUUCGUACUGCCCGCCAUUAGGGGCACUCUAGCUCUGAAGUAGAGUUACUGUAUCUGGUUCCUUUUUUGGAUGCUAGACCUUAGGGAAUUGUAGUCCCAGUCGCCUUUUGUUAUAAUAAUAAAAUCAUUGUGCUCGCA